CAUUUCCACGUCCACCUUUCUUCUUUCCCCUUGAUCUCGGUCCCUUCGUAUUUACCACUAACGCCAGCAAAUCAGUGAAGUAAACCUGGGUCCUGCCUGAUCAGUUCCUGCCUGAUCAGUUCCCUGGGACCUCAUCUUCACAUCAACCCAACCGCACUGGAUCCCCAGCUGCACACCCAGUGAUCCCUAUCACAUACAAAAUGAGCGAGUUAACCAGCACCUCCUUCUUCGACGACGGCGUCGACAUCGCAACCCGCAUGCCCACUUCAUCUUCCAGCUGGGACAUCUCCAAAUGGCUCGACCACAUUCCCACCUCGGACUCGGCCACCGUCGGCGAGAGCGGCAGCUUCUUCGACGACGGCGCCGAUCUGCUGGUUUCGGGAAACGAGGCACUUGAAGCUACAUCUGGCCUUGCGAAGGCGACGCUCGGCAGGGCGAAUUCGAAGUUCUAUGACGAUCCGAGGCCGAGGAAUCAGAUGAGGGGUUUUCAUAAGGGAGUGGAGAGGGCGGUGGGUGGGCAGAUUAGGAAUACGUUGGAGAGUAUGAGGGCGACGGAGGACUUUCGUAUCAGAGCUCCGUCUGGGGAAGAGAAUGGGAGGAUUGAAAGUGAGCAAGGGUGUAAUGUGGAAGGUGGGCCUGUUCGUGAGGCGGUGAAGAUGUGGCUUCCGCCUACGCCUCCGGAUUUUGUGAUUCAUGGGAAGGAUGGGCAUGUUAUUCUUGUUGAUGGGUCUGGGGAGCCGAUUGAUUCCCGGCCGCCUCCGGAGCUGGAGCAGAGGUUGAAGGGGGCGGUGAAGGAGCCGGAAUGGUAUAAGAGUAAGGACAAUGAAGGGCAACAGCGGAAGCAAAAGGCAUCACAGGAGAUACACUCUGAAAAGAAGAAGAGCGACAAGGAGGCAGGAAAAGAUGGAAAAGGACCGGACAUGCCACUCCCGGUACCAGACUUCCUUCUUAGCGGCUUCGGACUCGCAUCCAAAGCUCCAUCACUUGAUUCCUGGCAGAACGGUCGUCCAGAGGACGCCAGAUCGAACUACCGGGCGCCUACCGUUGAGAGUGUACCAAAUACACCGGAGAAGGGAAAAAUGCGCGUCGGAAGCUGGGAGCCCGUUUGGUAAUGUGUCAGUCUGAUAUUGCGGGGAGGCCCAAUUGGGAGGCUGUGUUCUUGAUGGGCAGACGGCUCUUCGGGGAGGAGAAGUGUGUAUGACAGGAUAGGAUGAGAGAGGUGCGUCGCCUUGCGGCUAGUGCCAAUCUACAUCGAGGGCGAUAUCGAGAUAGCAAACACAGAGUCCACCAC